GGAAGCGCGUCGAGCCUUCUGAGUGUGUCAAGUUGCAGUAGCGGAAAGACCGUACGCAGCGCUAUCCACUCGGAAGUGGACGACGAGGCAAUAGAAGAGAGUCGCGAGAUAUGCUUGCGGCUCAGAAAGGAGGAGGCGACUUGUCUCGACAAAUUGGAGUUGGAGGUCGCAAAGAUGAUGGAGUCUUGCGACAUUCAGAGGGGCGUCAAGAAGACGGUAAAAGAUGGACUUAAAGUCAUCGAAGUCCUGCUGAAAGAAGCAAAAGCAAAGCACGUCGCGGCCGAUGAGUCGGACUCAGAAACGGAAGAGAGAGGGUGACAGUCCAGAAGAGACUCAAACCAAAACCGAUAAGAGGAAGAAGGAGGAAGCUCCUCCAAUGGAAACGGAAGUACCAGAUCCAAAGAUUCCUCAAUUGGAAAGAAUUGAGUCAAAAAGAUCCACAGUUCCAAACCGAGUCGGUCAAGGAUUGACGUAUGCUGACGUUCUAGGUAAGCUUCGCAAAGAGGUUAACCAGGAGGACAGCCAUACGAGAAUAGUAGCAGCAAAAGCUACAAACAAGGGGGACCUUCUGAUUAAGUUCAGAGGAGACUCCGACAAGGACGCUUUCACCGCCGAGGUCACCAAAGCGGUUGGAAGCAUGGGUAAGGUGCAGUCAUUGGAUCGAAGAGUUACACUCGAGAUCCGUGAUUUGGAUUCCCUUACCCAAGAAGCUGAGGUGCAACAAGUGUUGUCUGAAGCAAUGGGUAAGCCAGGAAACAGGAGAGUGACAGUCUUAGGACCCAACCGCCGAGGGAUGAAGCUCGCGGUUGUAGUCACCAAUCUGGAAGAGGCGAACAGGCUGCAGAAAUUGGGACACGUAAAAAUUGGUUUUAUGUGUUGCCCAAUCAAAAGAAGAGUAAUGGUCGUCCGGUGUCAUCGAUGCCUGGGAUACGGCCAUAUUGGAGCCAAAUGCCAGAAGGAGGACAGAUCGGCUGCGUGCUUUAAGUGCGGUGAGGCCGGUCACAGGAUCUCCAACUGCAAAAAGAACGCAAGCUGCUUUUUGUGCACUGAAAAGUUUGGCAAUAAGGUCUCAACCACCCAUAUUGCAGGCAGCGGAGGAUGCGGAGUCUUCAGGUCGGCCCUUGAGGAGGCGAAGAAGACUCUUGCAAGGACUAAAAGUAAAUGAGAAGUGUUAAAAGGAGCGAAUAGUUUUUAAUUGUUUAUUUUAUUUACUUUGAUUAUUUUUUGUAGUUUUUAUACUGUCCUUUUUACAUUUUAUUUUUAAUAGAUUAAUUUUUGUUUUUAUGUCCGUUUACAAUUUUAUCUUUUAACCUUUUAAUCUUUUUAAUACUUUUUAACAUUUGUUCCUUUAUUCUUUGACAUUGGAAUGGUUUUUAAUUUUAACUAUUGACGCAGAAGAACCGCAGAGAGAGAACAAAGUCGCAUGAGCGACAGAGUCAGAGCGCCACCCUCGAAGGCUAAAGUCUUGCGAUAGUUCCGAGGGUGGAUAAAGGGCUCCAAAAGAAGGGUUACUGGUUUUAGUGGGUCGGGGCUGGCAGUAGGUCGCCAGUUUAUUAAAUUUUAUUAUUUUACUUAUUUUAUAUUUCCUUUUCUUUUUUUUUAUUAUACCAACCCCACAUAACCUUGGAAUGCGGAGUCCAAGGUAUCUGUAUGCAGAUUUCCCAAAAGUCCCUAAGCGAAAAAAAAAAAUCAACAAGAUAUCAAAUUACACAAGCAAAAAUUUUAGGCAUCAUAGUCUGAAUAUUACCCCCCCAUGAUGUCAUAUCCGCCUCAGAAUCAUUGUCUGCCCCCCCGCGAUGUCAUAUCCGCCUCAGAAUCAUGGUCUGAAUACCCCCCCCCCCAAUGGUUUGAGUCUGGGCUAAAAGU